AUGUCGACAACAGCCACAUCCAAUGGGUCCAUGACCUCGCAGGUCUUAAGAGCCAGGGCCAUUAAGUCGCUGCAGGCUGCUGAUGAGCAGCUCGGGAACACCAAUUCUAUUUUGGAAAGAGAAAGUAUAGAUUCUAGUGGCGCAUCGACACCUAUUCCAGAUGACGCACCACCCUCCGUACGAUCCAUAUCAACUGCGCGCAAACAAGUUCGAGCAAGACGUCGCCUGUUCCAUACAAUCGAUUAUGUCCCGCGAGUGUCCCAUUUCGACCCCCAAAGCGACUACCAUAAUUUCCGCGGCUUCUUUACCCUGUUUUGGAUCGGAUUAUUUAUAAUGGUGGUAACCACGGUCCUGCGCAAUAUAAAGGAUACUGGAUAUCCGUUGCGAGUCAAAGUCUGGAAUUUAUUGACGGCUAAUGUAUGGCAAUUGGCGAUCAGCGAUCUCGCUAUGGUAGUCAGUUCGGGCUUCGCAUUGCCUUUGCAAAAAUUGACUCGCAAGAGUGGAAAUCUACUUCGUUGGUACCGAACAGGAAUCUUGAUUCAAAGUCUAUAUCAGAUUGGGUGGCUCACAUUAUGGAUCAAAUGGCCAUUCAUGCUGCAUUGGACCUGGACCGCUCAAGUGUUCUUCACACUACAUACUCUGACAAUCCUGAUGAAGGUCCACUCGUAUGCCUUCUACAAUGGUCACUUGAGCGAGACCGAGCGUCGUCUUUCGGAACUCGACAAACCGGGCCAGGGCUCAAUGGCGGCUGCUGUGCGAUACCCAAGCUCUCCGGCACGAGCGGAAACCAUGAACGGUACCUUCAAUUUCAAACAAGAAGAACCGCUGUCUAGAUUGCGUGAUGAUCUGGCGACGGAAUUGACUUCUCCUCUGGGCCAGGUGACUUAUCCUCAGAACCUCAGUCUCAGCAACUUUGUGGACUUUUUGUUCUGUCCCACGCUUUGUUACGAGAUCGAGUAUCCCCGUACGCCGACUAUACGUUGGACGGAGGUGUUCUUCAAGACACUGGCUGUGUUUGGCUGUAUCUUUCUUUUGACGCUUACCAGCGAGGAGUUCAUCGUUCCGGUCUUAAACGAAGCCAGCAUUAGUCUCGCUAGCGUCAACACCUGGUCAGACCAAGCUCUCAUCCUAGCUGAAACCACCAGCAUGUUACUCUUCCCUUUUAUGAUCACAUUCCUCCUGGUGUUCCUAGUCAUCUUUGAAUACCUCCUCGGCGCAUUCGCAGAAAUAACUCGCUUUGCCGACCGACGCUUCUACUCCGACUGGUGGAACUCAUGCGACUGGCUAGAAUUUUCCCGAGAAUGGAACAUCCCCGUCCAUCACUUUUUGCGCCGACAUGUCUAUUUCUCGUCAAAGUCAUAUUUCUCUGCCCCUGUGGCUAUGUUUAUUACUUUUCUAGUUAGUGCGCUCGCACAUGAGCUUGUCAUGAGCUGUAUCACGAAGAAGUUGAGAGGAUACGGGUUUUUGCUAAUGAUGUUGCAAUUACCCAUUAUUGCAAUCCAGAGGACGCCGCUGAUUCGACAGGCGAAGACUUGGAAUAACAUUGUAUUCUGGUUCUCGAUGAUCCUUGGCCUUUCAAUGAUGUGCGCCCUUUACGUUCUUGUUUAA